AUGUAUGCCGCAUUGUUGUGCUUGGUUGUUCUUUUUGUGAUCUUUGUCACUGGAGGGGUUCUGGGGAAGCUGCCCGGGACCAGAGCGAAGAGCCUCCCACCAGGCCCUCCAUGUCUUCCUUUCAUAGGAAACCUCCAUCAACUGCCCCCGGCAGGUGUCCAUCUCAAAUUCACAGAAUGGGCCACCAAAUACGGCGGCAUUUUUUCCCUCAAACUCGGUAGCAGCACCGCCGUGGUUCUCAGCUCUCCAACGGCAGUCAAGCAGCUCAUCGACAAACAAUCCGCCCACUUCAGCAACCGCCCACCUUUCUACAUCGCUGACGAACUCAUGAUGCACGGCGACCAUCUCAUGUUCAUGAAUGUGGAUCAGCGAUGGCGCCGUGGGCGGCGCUUGUAUCACCAGUAUUUCAACGAGGGUGUUAGCGAGAGUCAGCAUGUUGUGGUGCAGCAGGCGGAAGCGGCGCAGUUGUUGAGGGAUAUGUGUUUGCAGCCGGGGAAUUUCAUGGGACAUUGUAAGCGGUAUACUAACAGUGUGGUGAUGAGUUUGAUUCUUGGAAUCCGCACGACGUCGCCGUCGGCUAAACACAUGAAGGAUCUGUAUGCUGUUCUCGAUGGCUUGUCUGAAAUCUUUGAGAUGGGCGCUACUCCUCCGGUCGAUAUCUUUCCAGUAUUCAAGCAUAUCCCUGAGUCACUCUUCAACAAUUGGCAGAGUCGCUCCCGCCGCGUUGAGGACAUAAUGCUCAAUCUGUAUAACCCUCUGGUUGACCGUGUACUGCAACGAAGGGAGAACGCCGGCUCCCGGAAUACGUAUCUCGAUGGAAUACUGGACCAGCAAGAAAAACUACAGCUUACUCGUCAUGAGAUUGAUCUUAUGGUUGGCAACCUGCUUGAGGGUGGGUCCGAUACUUCGUCUAUCAUGACCAUCGCAUUUAUCCAAGCCAUGGCGUGCUAUCCGGAGGUGCAGCAAGAGGCACAACGGGAGAUUGAUGCAUCAUUCAGUGAAGAUGCAUCCCCCAGCUGGCAGGAUUAUGCUCGUCUGCCGUAUGUGGCCAUGGCAGUCAAGGAGACGAUGCGAUGGCGGCCGGUGAUGCCAACAGGAUUCCCUCAUGCAAACAAUAAGGAAACCAUGAUCGAUGGUAUGACCAUCCCCGCAAAUAGCACCGUUAUCAUCAACACAUGGGGCCUGCACCACGAUCCUACAAGACACCCCAGCCCCGACAACUUCGACCCCCUCCGGUUCCAAGGCCGCACCGAGCCCGCUCCAGUGUACGCUUCAGCUGCUAACGCGGAGAACCGCGACCAUUUUGGCUACGGCUCUGGCAGAAGAAUCUGUCCGGGAAUCCAUCUCGCGGAACGGAUGUUGUUCGUGGCAAUUGCCAAGAUCUUGUGGGCAUUUGACAUUCGCGCCAAGAAGGGGCAACCAAUCAAUACGGAUCCGCAUACUGGAUAUACGAAUGGGUUUCUGAGAUGCGCAAAGCCUUUUCCAGUUAGUAUUACGCCACGAUCAGAGGCACGGAGGAGCACGAUUGAGCGCGAGUUUGCUCAGGCGGAGGAAGAGGUGUUUAGUCGAUAUGAGGUGUAG